AUGAAAGACUCUCCGAAGGGCCUUGAGGAAGGCGUUCGUGCCGAAUCUCCCUAUGAUGACCCGAAGGCUGUACAAGGGGACAUCACCGGCCUCCAUAACUCGGAGACUCAACGAGGCUUGAGCUCCCGCCAUAUUCAAUUUCUGGCGCUGGGUGGUUGUAUUGGUACUGGCCUCUUUGUGGGAAGUGGACAGGCACUCGCAACUGUUGGUCCUGCCCCUUUGCUCAUGGGUUACAUCGCCAUGUCAUCAGUCGUAUAUUUUGUCAUGAACAUGUUAGGAGAAAUGACCACCUAUCUUCCCGUUCGUGGUGUCUCUGUGCCUUAUUUCAUUAACCGAUUUACGGAACCGAGUCUUGGCUUUGCUGUCGGAUAUAAUUAUUGGUAUUCUUUUUCAAUGCUACUUGCAUCUGAAGUCACUGCAGCCGGACUUGUGAUUGAGUAUUGGCCAUCCCCAGUCAAUGUGGGUGUUUGGAUUGCAAUCAUUCUCAUUGUAAUUCUCCUCCUCAACAUCGUCGCGGUAUCAUGGUAUGGCGAAGCAGAAUUUUGGUUCGCUUCGCUAAAAAUCAUCGCUAUAAUCGGUCUUAUAAUUCUCGGCGUUGUACUGUUCUUCGGAGGAGGUCCUAACCAUGAUCGCCUUGGUUUCCGAUAUUGGCAGCGACCAGGCGCAUUUGUCGAGCCAUAUUUGGUGCCCAAUGCCAAUACGGGUCGUUUUCUUGCAUUCUGGACGGCCCUUAUCAAGUCCGGCUUCUCCUUCAUUUUCUCCCCAGAACUGAUCACCACUGCUGCCGGCGAAGCUGUUGCACCGCGCCGCAACAUCCCCAAGGCAACCAACCGCUUCAUCUACCGUCUCUUUGCAUUCUAUGUCUUGGGCAGCUUGGUCAUUGGAGUUACUGUCGCCUACAAUGACAAAAACCUUCUGCAAGGGGUUGCAAGUGGUAGUUCUGGUGCCGGUGCCAGUCCGUUCGUUAUUGGUAUCCAGAAUGCUGGGAUUGCUGGGUUGAACCACGUUAUCAACGCUGCCAUCUUGAUCUCCGCAUUCUCCUCGGGCAACUCUUGGGUAUAUGCCGGGUCGCGCACGCUAUACUCCAUGGCGUGCGAGGGCCAGGCACCGAAGUUCUUUACCCGGUGUACUAAGAACGGCGUUCCAUACAACGCAGUGCUCAUCACUUGGUCGAUUGGUCUCCUUUCAUUCCUGAAUCUGUCUGCAUCUGGCUCAACCGUGUUUUAUUGGUUCACUAACAUCACUACGAUCGGAGGAUUCAUUUCCUGGGUUCUUGUUGGGGUUGCUUACUUGCGCUUCCGCAGUGCCUUGAAGUUCCACGGAUUGCUUGAAUCCAGGCCAUUCAAGACACCUUUCCAACCGUACGGUACAUAUUAUGCCAUGGGCUUUGUAUCGUUGUUGGCUAUCACCAAUGGAUAUGCGAUUUUCUUCCCCGGUUCAUUCACAGCCUCGGACUUCCUUGUGUCUUAUAUUGUUUUUGCCAUCUUCUUUGUUCUUUACUUUGGCCAUAAGUUGUAUUACAAGACACCGUGGAUGACCAAAGCAUCGGAGAUUGAUAUCUUCAGCGGCAAGGAGGAGAUUGACCGUCUCGAGGAGGAGGAUAUCGAACCACAGCCACGAAACUGGUUAGAGCGAGUGUGGUGGUGGAUAGCAUAG